AGAAUUAAAAGAACGUUAUAAAAAGAAUGGUUUAUGCAAAGAUUGUAAACAGCCUAAAACUGAUUCGUAUUGGUGUCAGCUAUGCAAUGCCACACGUUUUCAACAAAAUUUCAAAAAUUGGACUAGUGGAAAUGAUGAAGUUAAUAAGUUUAUUCAAAAAACACAACUUAAAGCUGAGGAUUUGGAACUUUUUAUAAAGCAACUUGGAAAGAUGGAUAUAUAAAUGGAUGGGAUUCUGAAAAUAAUCAAUGGAUGAGAAGCAAAUAUUUGGAUGUGAAUUACGAAAAUUUUCCAGUUGCUCUAAAAUGUUUACACAAUUCUCAGGAUAUUACAUCCGAAUUUUUAAGAGAAAUUGAAUUACAUAUUAUGAUUAAUUCAGAUUGUGUAACUAAAUGUUUUGGUAUUACUAGAGAUCCAGAAUCUAAUAAUUUCAUGAUGGUAAUGGAAUAUGCAAAAGAUGGUAGUUUAAGACAAUAUUUAAAUAAUAUAUUUAAUUCAAUAAAAUGGGAUGAUAAGUUGGAUAUUUUACAAAGGAUUGCAUAUGGUCUCAAUUCUAUUCAUAAAAAAGGAUUAAUUCAUCAUGAUUUUCAUUGUGGUAGCAUGUUAAAACGUGGUAAUGAAACUAUUAUUACUGGUUUAGAAUUAUGCCAACCAGCAAAUGUAAAAUCUUUUCAAAAUGAAUAUGAAAAAAAAGUAUAUGGAGUGUUACCUUAUGUAGCACCUGAGGUUUUAAAAGGAAAAGAAUAUACUCAAGAAAGUGAUAUUUAUGCAUUUGGAAUUAUUGCAUAUGAAGUAUGUACAGGGCUUCCUCCUUAUCAUGAUAUUGCUCAUGAUAAAAUCUUAGCUAUUAGCAUUUGUCAAGGGCAUAGGCCAAAAUCCAAUUAUAAAAUUCCUCAACUAAUUUCGGACAUAAUUAAACAAUGUUGGGAUGCUGUUCCUUUAAAACGACCUAAAACACGAGAAUUAUGUGAUUUAGUGGCUAGUUUAUAUCGUUCAAGUAGACAUUCAGAUGAUCAUAAGAUCAAAAAGCAAAUUGAAGAAGCAGAUAAGAUUAAUGAAAAGUUAACUUCUACUUCAUUAUCAUAUAAUGGUACUUCUCUCUCAUAUACUAUAAAUCCUCAAGCAGUUUACUCAAGUAGGCUUUUAAACUUUAAAAAUCUACCAGAACCAAAAAAUGCUAUUGAUAAUAAAGAUGAUGAUAAUUCAUUUGAAGAAUAUCAGAAUCUACAGAAGCAAUAGAUUUUACCAAACUCAACCUAGACGAAAAUAACUAAAGAAAAACUAAGAAAAAGAAGAAAAUUUACAAAUUCAUAAUAUAAAUUUCAUUAUUUGUAUCUAUU